AUGGCCGCAGACGCUCCCGCCGAGACGAACGGCAGCAGCAGCGGCGCCGGCGGCAUCGACCGCAGCGCCAGCUCUUCGAGUCUCUCCGGCGCUGCCGCCGCACAGCCCGGCUCGCCCGACGACGCCUCCUCGUCCAAGGCGGCCGCCGGCAAGCGCCCGCACCGCACGUAUGCGCGCCGCUCGUGCCUCUCGUGCCGCGAGAAGAAGACGCGCUGCGAGCUGCCCGACAUCUACGUCGAGAGCAACCGCGACGUGGCGCUGCCGGCAGAGAAGCGCUGCCACCGCUGCUCCGUGCUGCAGCUCGAGUGCGUUGUGUGGGAUGGAGACCGCAAGCGCAUCAGGAAGCUGCCGGAGCCCUCGGCACUCGCAGCGUCCAGUGCGGUGAGCUCCUCCACUGCUGCUGCGCGUGCACCUCCUGCUGCCGCGUCGACAGCUAGUCCCGGCCCCGCUCAGACACAGGGCAUGGACGAGCAGAGCGUAGCGCAGACUGUGCGCAACAUUCUCUUCCUGCCGCGUCCCAUCGAAGAUGACGCCAGUGAGCGUGCCGAAGGCUCGAGCAGCGCCGGGCGUGCCGGCAAGGGCAAGGGAACGUCGCGCUCGCUUGUGCGGCGAGGCGAGGCGCGGCCGAUGCAGGACCGCGAAGUCAUCCUCUCGGCGUGGCACCCCUACAUUCUCAUGUCGCAGCUCAUCCACCGCAUGUCCACCUUCGGGCGGGACAUCGGACUGAAGCGGACACUGAGCGCGCCGCUGUCGGACCCGACGGAUCUGGUUGACGAGACCCUGAGCGGCCGGCUUGAUUCAUUCCUCGACGGACACCGCCUGUUCUUUCCUCAUAUUCCGCCGCUGCAUGUCUGCCGCCGCUCGCACCUGCAGGAGCCGACGCAGUCGUCGACGCUGCUCCUAAGCGUGCUCUACACGCUGGCGCUGCGCGCCGCCGACGUGCCUGGCGGCUCCUCCCCGCCUGCUGAGCCAGCCAAGACGCGCGCGAUGCUCGAGGGCCUCGACUCUCUUACGCACCACCAUGGCGUCGCUGUGCUCAUGUUCCUGCCGCGCAACCGCCGCGCCAUCCUCGCGCUCGAGCUGCUAGCGUCGUACCAGCCCUUCGCGCUGCUCCCACCGCUCGGCCGUACCUCGGUGACCACGGACGGAGGCAUCGGCAUCGAGAUGCUCGGUAACGCUGCGCGCACAAUCGCGCAUGGCCUUGGGUUGGACUCGUCGCUGGACCGCUUGCGCGAGGCGGUCGCACUGCGUACGUCUGGCAGCGUGAGCGCACAUGUCGGAGCGCAGGCGCUAGCGGACAUGCUGUACGAUGCGACGCAGUGGCUCUCUAUCGUGCUGCAGGAGGCAGAGCUCGCCAUGGCGAUCGAGCCGACCGGCGGGCCGUCGGCCUUCCCGAUGGAUGCGCUCGACAUUUUGCUCGGACGCAAGCACAGCGACUCGCCCUCGAUCUUCAGUGCGACUCCCUUCACGUCCGUUGCUUCGCCCGAGGCAGAGGCGCGCGGAGAGGUCUUUGUGUCCUCAGUGCAGGGGCGCGCAUCGCUGGGCCUCCGCACGCGCUGGCUGGCCCUGCGGCGCGCCCGCACGCUCGAUCUCCUCUCGCCGCGCCUGACCUUUGCACUCUGCGGCUUCCACCUGCGCGAGAUCGACAAUGACGAGGAGCUUGCUGUGCGCGAUGCUGAGAAGAUGGCGGCAUACCUGGACAAGAUGCACGCCAGCAACGAGCAGGCCGAGACGCUUUCUACAUUCAUGCUCGAGGCGCUGUCCAAUUGGCGCGCGCACCACAACAACCGCGUGCGCUUCAUCGGCAUCCACCUGCUCGUCUCGGGCCGUUGGACCGAGAACGGCGAGGAGACGCCGGCCACGCCGGCGAGUACGCGCAGCGAAGACCACCAGCAGGGCGGCACCAACGUCGCCAGCCACAUCAGGCUUGAGAAGCCGGCCGACUUCUCGCACGAUCUGAUCAAGUAUCUCUCGGCGCCGCAGCCGUCGCCGCUGAAGGACCUUCUCUACGAGACGGUCACGCCGCGUCUGGAUGCGUCCGAGCAGCUACUGAGCAGCUUUGUGCACCUGACCGAUCCCUCGAGACCGCUGGCGCGCUCCCUCUCGCCGAUGCUCUUCGUCUCGGACAUCGUGGCGCUGGCCAAGUACCACCUCGACGACAGCGCGGCGCGCGUGACAGGCUGGCACAGCAUUCCGAGCCGGACGGACGUGCACCUCAUCAUCCUUGCGGAGGCUGCGCGGCGGCUCGACAUGCUCUGGCAGGUCGGCUGCGGGCAGGGCAACACGGUGCAGGAGGCGAACCUCGGCGCCAUGGGCGCGGCUCUCGUCCGAGGCCUGGCGAGUAUUCUCGCCACGUGGAAGCGGCUGCUUGAGCGCAAGAAGCGCAGCGAAGCCCCGGCACACGUCAGUCCUGCAUCGAGCACCACGUCGCCGCGCUUCGAAGACGGCUCGCCUUCUUCCGGCGACCCAGGCAGCAGCGGCCCGGACGAUACGCGUGCGCACGCGUCUUGCGAGGCACGGCGACGAGAGACGGAGCAGCAGAAGCGUCAGGAGCAGCAGCGGCACUAUGACCAGCACCUCCGUCCUUCAGCGCCAGCGGCUGCGCCGCAGGAGUCACCCUUCCCGCAGCACCAGCAGCCCAUGAUGGCCUUUGCCGCGUUCGCCGCCGAGCAGCAGGCCUCGCCGCUGGCGUCGGGCAGCACCACGGGCGGCAGCAGCAGUGCCUACAGCGCCGCGCCGCCAUGGCCGCAGCAGGGCACUCCAGCCGCCGGCAACACCACGGCCUUUCCUCCGCCGCCACCGUUCCAGUUCGGCGCCGGCAUGCCCAGCUUCGAGGAGCUCUUCCCCGAGCUGGCCAGCACGCCGGCGCAGAACGGCCCUGCGAUGCCCACCACGAGUGCGGCGCCAGCUGCUGCGUCGCCGCAGGCGAGCGCCGACGUGCUGCUGAGCGGCCUCAUGGAGCUCGGUGGCGCCGGCACGGGUGCGGCCUCGAGAGGCCCGCCGGCCGUGCCGAUGGACCGCUGGCUGGAUCUGGCGUCGCUGCCGGACGGCGACGCGGGCUGGGAGCGCCUGAUGGCGAGCUUCAGAUGA